ACAAGUUGGAAGUCUGACCUUCCGCCAGCGCGCAGCACUGUGCCGUGCGCGGAUUGAGCACUGCAGCGGCAGUAGCGCACUUCAGGCUUCACCGGGGGGCGGAGUUUGACCUCUCGAGUCUCUAAGCAUCACUAAUCCGCGUCGGACAUUCUGCCGCACGCCGUCACCGGGCCGGUUUGCGCAAAAAGAGGGACGGAUUGCAGGCGAAAACAAACGCUUUUCCGCGCGCCUGGUCUGUGCGCCAUCAGAGGCUCGAGCUGCCGUGUGCGUGCAUGCGUGCGUGCUGCGCUGUGGAGGAUAUAGCGCGAUUUCGUGCGUCUGUCCGUAUAUCCGCAGUCGUUUCCAGUCUGCGUGCACAGGAGACGUCUGGAGCGGUCAGUGCGCGCUUCACGAGAUUGUCCAGUUUCGAUGUCUUGGAACACAAACUUGAGGCUUCCGUGUGGCUGAUCCUGACGAUGGUUUUAAUUUGUCACUCUGGGGGUGCGUGGGGAUGAACUGCAUGGAGCCCAUGGCCAGACCUGCACACCAUCUCCAACUUUCCAACAUGUCCAGCUGCAGCAAGUCUCCCCUCAUCUCUGGAGAAGUUGCAGCUUCAAGCUAAAUGGCAUUGGUGAAGAUGUUCAAAAAACCCAGAGGAAGCCUGAAGAAAUCCUACCAGCCGGGCAGCAUGCUGUCUCUGGCUCUCACCAAAGGCCUGCUCAACGAACCGGGACAGAACAGCUGUUUCCUCAACAGCGCUGUUCAGGUCCUUUGGCAGCUGGACAUUUUCAGGAGAAGUUUGCGACAGCUCUCAGGUCACUUUUGUCUCGGUGAUGCCUGCAUCUUCUGCGCUUUAAAGAGUAUAUUCAGUCAGUUUCAGCAGAGUCGGGAGCGUGUGCUGCCCUCUGACAUCCUGCGGAACGCUCUGGCUGAAACCUUUAAGGACGAGCAGCGCUUUCAGCUUGGGCUGAUGGAUGAUGCUGCCGAGUGCUUUGAGAACAUCUUGGAGCUGAUUCAUCUGCACAUUGUUUCAGAUGCUGCAACUGAUGCAUGUUCAUCCAAAUCCUGCAUAACCCAUCAGAAGUUUGCAAUGAUGCUAUAUGAACAGUUUGUGUGUCGCUGUUGUGGAGCAACUUCAGACCCACAUCCAUUUACAGAACUUGUACAUUAUGUUUCAACAACUACAUUAUGCCAACAGGUUGACCGGAUGUUGGGGAAAAAUGAGCGCCUGAGGUCAGACAUGUUCGGUGAAUUGCUGCAGGCUGCAAACAACACAGGUGACCUGCAGAACUGUCCGAGUAACUGCGGUCAGAGCAUCAAGAUCCGUCGCGUGCUCAUGAACUGUCCUGAGAUCGUCAUUAUUGGAUUCGUUUGGGAUGCUGAGCAGUCUGAUCUUACCGACGAUGUCAUCAGGUUACUCGGCCCACGUUUGAAACUGUGUGGGCUUUUUAACCGUGUCACUGAUGAGAAUGCCAAACGCAGCGAGCUUCAUCUGGUGGGGAUGAUCUGUUUUUCCAGUAAACAUUACUCAGCCUUUGCCUAUCACACCAAAUCUUCAAAAUGGAUGUUUUUUGAUGAUGCCACAGUAAAGGAGAUUGGAUCCAAAUGGAAAGAUGUGACCUCAAAAUGUGUCAGAGGGCAUUUCCAACCACUUCUUUUGUUCUACACCAAUCCUGAUGGAACUCCAGUAUCCAAUGAGGAUGCACCAAGACAAACAACAAUGUGCCCCCGCUACAAAACCCAAUUCAACGGUGACAUGACAGGGACACAUCCCCUCAGCAGUCUGAGCAAAUUCCAGGAGCCAUUCAUGGAAAAUUUGCAGAGGGCCAGUGAGGUGUCAAAGAAGGACAGAGGACAUCGAAGAAGUGAUCCGUCACAACACAAAGAGAUUGCACAUGCAAGAGCGUUAUCUCCUUCAGAGAACAGACUGGUUCCACCUGUGGACCAAAAACUAAAAAACUGUCCACGGACUGAGAAGUCUUUAAACCAUCCAAAUAAAGGGUCUCAGGAGUCACGUGGCCAGAGCGUCAGUGCACAGGCUGGUGGGUACGGCCGCAGGAACAACUCCUCUCCAAGUCAUAAUCAUCAGGAUAGCUGUCAAGAGCCGUGGGACAAAGGUGGGAGCGGAGGAAGCCGCAGUAAACCCAAGUCCACAUGGAGGCCGAUUCGGGAGGUGUUAAACGUGGACACCGUGCUGAGCGAACUGGAGCAGAGACGUCAACAACAGCAACACGACAGCCCGCGGAGAUGUAAGGCUGCAUCACAGGAAAGGGUCCAUGCAGAACAAGUCAGAGACCAGGAAUCUUCACGGAGCAGAGAAGAGCGCAAACAGAAGUGUUUAAUGACUAUUUAUGAGGAUGAGCAGCGACAGGAGACAGAGAGCCAUAGUUCUGUGGAGUCAGAGAGCAGGGCCAACCAGCACAGGGGCAGCAGACUAAAGGGCGGCCCGAAAACCCUGCUGCGAAGUGACACUUGGACCAUACAGAGGACAGAGUCUGGCUAUGAGAGCAGUGACAGGCUUAGCAGUGGCUCCACCAAUCCUGACUCACCUGGAGUAGAUGGUGUUGCUGGUAAAGAACAGAGGCUAACAACAGAAGCACAGUUACAAAGCCAACUGCAUCAAAAGGGAGGCGAUGGGAAGCCAAGUGUAUCAUCUUCACCCUCACACAAUGGUAAACUUCAUCCUAAACCUCAGGGAAAGAACUGUGACCAGGGUUCACAUUCACAUUUGAAGUGCAGUCCAAUUUCAAGAAGGAAAUCAAAGUACACAUGCGGCACCUCCAGGAAAGUGAUGUGUGCAGAGCGAGAGUUGACCAACUCAGACAGCAGAACUGUGCACAACAAGCAGCAGGAGGUGUCAGCCUGCAGAGAACAUCCUACGGAAAGCACAGCCCCGAGACAUAUUACGAAAACCAGCAGCCCGGAGUGGAACAGCUCAGAUGACCUCGCUCUGUCAGAGCCCGAGGACAGGGACAGCAGUUACUGCUCCAGCAACAAUGAGGCCACCACCUCUGACUCCCAGUGUCCUCACACGACCCUGCCACAUCACCCUCCCAGCAACACGACAGCAGAACCUCCUCAAGGGAACAAUCAGCUCAGCACGACAGGGUCUCCUCACCUUCGACCCACACAGUGGAUCUCCCCUCACCAGGCGGAGACAAGCCAUGGCAUUUUCAGACCGAGGAUGCUGCAAGAACCCUUUCCAUCAAGUCCACGUCUUUCACCCACAUCCUAUGUUAGUCCUCAUAAGAAGGUUGACCUUUCAGGACUCAAAACUUUUUCAGAUGCAAGUUCCAAGUCUGGCUCUGACCUAGAGAGGAGUACCCCAUCAUCAUGUGAAAGUGAGGAAAGGCUCAGUGGAUGCAGUGUGGAUCAGGCGGCACCGGCUCAAGAGGUUUGUCUCACAACGUACUUCAAUGUGGACAACUUUAUGACUGAAACAUACCGUCUGAAAUACCACAACCAGAGGCCACUGGUCCUAUCCGCUACAGCGCCACGGACCGUCGCCACAUCUGAGCGCAGAGAUGCCUCCCACAUGCUUCACGUGGACUCACACUCACAGGAUGUGCCAAGAACCAAACCCAAUGCAAGCCAUAAUAGCAAUAAACCUAUUGCAAAGUGGAACCCAGUGGCAGCCAAAGGACUGGAUGAACGUGGUUUUUUAUGAGUGUUCUGUGGUGAGCGUUACAAACAGCUGUCAGAGUGAUACUAACGCAAUGCCAAAGAGUUUACAGAAUAGAAACAUUUUAUUAUUGUUAUUAUUAUUAUUAUUAUUAUUAUUUAUGCAAUUUUGCCACAUAUAUUGAGUAUUUUUGGAAGUGUUCCAUGUCGUCUGAAGUCUGAUCAGCUGCCAUGCACAGUAGACUGUCUUCCACUUUACUGUGAUGUCUUGGUUUUUACUCUCCACAAAAGCUCUGUGAGUCUUUAUGUUUAAAUUCCAUUUUUCAUUUUCUGAGUCUAAAUUUGGUUUCACCGUUUGCUACAGUCACGCGAGGGCGAAUGGCUGAAUCGCAGCAUGCUAACAUGCUUACAUUUGUUAACAGCACUUUAUAUGAAGUCGAUAUUCUGCACAGCACAAUAAAAGCUCCGGGUUUAAAGAUU